UCUUUGGUUAGUGACAUUGGUUAGUGAUCUUCUUAUGUCAAAAAGUUCAAACUGGAAGAUUGAUCAUUGUGCAUUUUGAAUUUAGAAAUUAAAUUGCCAUUCGAUUCCCUAAUGCGUAAAUUUUUUACUAUCAAUUCAAUAAUUUCUACGUGGUAUUUUAUUUAACGUUACUCUGAAGGGAACCGCUAACACUUUUCUUAAAAAUGCCUAAAGUUGAUGAAAAACCACGAGUUUACUUAGAAGAAUUUCGUGUGAAGAAUGCUCCAGAGGAUUAUGGAAUGGCCGAUGAGAAAUGGAGCUUAAAAAAGUUUGUCAAAAAGUUGCGCAUUGUAAUCGUGCGAAUGGACAGCUUUGAAAUGGAGUUUGAUUUGAUAGGUAUACAGCCCGCAUUUGCCAAUGCAUUUCGUCGACUGAUGUUGAGCGAGGUACCCAGUAUGGCAAUAGAAAAAGUUAUGAUAAAAAAUAACACUUCAAUAAUACAAGAUGAAGUACUGGCGCACAGAUUAGGCUUGAUACCAUUAAAAGCUGACCCACGCUUGUUUGAAUACCGGCCAGAAGAUGCUACAGAAGGAACAGAGUUCAAUACUUUAGAGUUUUCAUUGAAAGUGAAGUGUUCUACAAAUAAAAAUCAGCCAAAAGAUUCUUUCAGAACUGAUGAUCUAUAUGAGAACCACAGUGUUUACUCUUCUCAAAUAAAGUGGCAUCCAAUUAGCAACCAAGCAACAGUGCACAAAGAACAAGACAUAGGACCAGUGCAUGGUGACAUACUCAUAUCUAAAAUGAGGCCAGGACAUGAAUUGGAUCUUCAUUUGGUUGCUGUAAAGGGCAUUGGCAAAGAUCAUGCAAAGUUUUCACCAGUUGCAACUGCGUCGUAUCGCUUACUACCGGAAGUCACAAUAACUCGCGACGUACACGGUGACGAAGCAAUUUUGUUACAGUCCUGUUUUGCGCCCGGAGUGAUAGGAUUGGAUUCUGAAGGAAAAGCAUAUGUCCGUGAAGCCCGAUAUGAUAUGUGUAGCAGGAAUGUAUAUAGAUAUGAUGAAAUUAAGGAUGCAGUUAUUUUGAGCAGAAUACGGGAUCACUUUAUAUUCAAUGUGGAGUCUGUUGGAGCCAUGCCACCUAAUAUUAUAUUCAUCGAAGCUGUCAAGAUUUUGAGAGACAAAUGUAAAUCAAUCUUAGAUGAAUUAAAUAAAUUCAACUAAUACAAGGUAUCUGCGAUUUCUUUAUACCUUAUGAUAUAAAAAAAAAUAUUCACUGCAAAUAUCAGUAUGUAUAAGGAAAGUAGUCUAUCAAGGAUGGUGCUAUUUUGGAAAACCCUUAGUCACACAGGAGACAAAUACAGCCUGUGGCACAUAAUAUUGCUUAACAUUAAUUGCUUUUGUGUGCCUACAUCACCCCUAUGGUAUAUUUUUCAGUUAAACACCAUAUGUACUAAGAAAGACCUAACACUGAUAUGUGAUUAAAAAAGUAUAGAUA